AUGCAGAAAUUUAAACCUGUGAUACAUGAAAAUAGGUUUGGGGUGUUGGAAUUGGAGACUGAUGUGGUUGGAAAUGAUGGUAAGGAUAGGGUUAGUCAAAUGGAGGUGCAAAAUAAUUUAGUGAAUGGUGUAGUGGGUGUUGUUGUUGAUUUAGUUUCUAUUGAAGGAGGUAAGGAGGUUAGUAGAGGAAAUGAUGUCCAAGGGGAGUCUGUGAAUAAGGCUGUUCAUUUAAAAUCUAACUCUCUUGAUUCUCAAGUUCAGGAACAGUUAGGGGAAGUAAAUGGGGAGUCUCAAGUUAUUGAAGGUGUUUGUUUGGAUGAGCAGUUAAAUGUGAGGAAUCCAGUUGUGGAGGUGGAUUCCUGUGUUGUGAAAAAUGAUGUUGGGGUGGAUCAUAUUGGGGUAUGUGCUGUUAACAAGCAGUUUUCAUCAUAUUUUAGUUCAUCAUUUUAUGUGGACCGUAGUUAUAUAAGGAGGGAGGCAUCUCUUUUUUCUUUGGAUGAUGAUAGGGGUUUGGUGAAGAAGAAAGAACCUCCAGAUAAAGGCUAUUACUCAGAUAAUGAGAGUUCUAUUCAGCCUGUUGUGUUUUCUUUUGCUGAUGUUCAGAGUAGCCUUGAUGUUAGAGGUAAU